AUGUUGUCUCGAGGUGACCGUGGGCAGACCCAGGUGAAGGCCGAUCUGAUGGACCUCGAAGCGCUUGGGCCCCUGACCCCGUCAGAAGGUGGCAGUGGUCUCAGUGCAACGCCGCGCAAGGGGAAGCAGCACGGGCCGCGCAUGGUCUGCGGGUUGCUGAAACCCGACAUGCCCUCGAACAGCAAGUUCUGCUGGGAUGGCAAGAGGACGUUCGACACGAUGAUGAAGCAAACCAAGGGCCAGAACAAGAAGAACGGCAACACCGAGGGCCAGGACAGGCUCAACAAGAUGAAGGGCGAGGCCAAGAAGGUCAAGAUGCACAAGGCCCGAUGGAUGAAGUUGGCGACCGAGCAGUUCAUGCCCCCUGCUCACAUUGCCGAGGCGGAAUGGACCAAGGCAAAGAACGAGACGCCGCUCAAGCUGCAAGAUAACCAGGGCCCUGAGGGCGAGUUGCGCUCGCCGAUGCCCGUCGAGGAGGCAAUCGUCGCAGCGAACACCUCAGAGCACGAGAGGUCCACGGUGUUGGAGUCGAAGAAGAGGAGGGUCACAGGCGAGCAGCAGGUGGAGGAGGGGCGAUCCAGCUUGGUCGAGGGCCACGCGAGCUUCAACGAUUCGAUGUUCGACAACGUGGGAGGCGGUGCGUUCGCACACGGUGGCGGCUUUAUUUCGGGAUCUGGCUGUGGUUCUUUCAGCGGCUUCUCCGACGGCACGAGCACGUCACCCGCAGGAAUGGUCGUGAUCAACGCCAGUGCCGACAAAAAGCCGACGCCGAUGCAAGAGAAUGCGCGGGGCGAAAUCAAUCGCUUUAAGCUGCAAGAUUUCAUCAAGGAGAAGUCCAAGGAAGGCGUUGCCAACAUCACGCAGGUCUUCUUAUCCUCGGAGAAGGCUUGCAAUGAUACAGCGCCGCGCAUCUUCGGUGAUGGCGCCGUCGAGAAUCAGCUCAGGUACGUGGACGCGACGUUGAAUCGCAUGGACUUCUUGCGCUUCAUAUUUGUCCACCCGGGGAACGAGGAGAGCUUCGGGCUGGUGGUCCUCGACGGGGCAGGUAAGACCUCACUCCAGGCUGCGGUAAAGGCGCUGGCCGUGGUGGAUGCGGCGCUGGAGGCGACGCCUGGCCCAGACCCAAACGCGUUGAAGAUCGUUCCAGCGGCGGACGUGCGGAAUAAGAUCAAGUUGGCGCAGCAGGCCUUGGCAAGCACAUCAACGACAGGACAGCGCCAGUCGCUCUUCACGAAAGCCGGGUGGGACAACACCAACGCGAAGUUCGGAGAUGGCAACGGCUUCACUCAGAUGGAGUUCCAUCGGUUUGCACGAAGCGUCCGCGAGGUGCGGUACCAACUCGAGACUACGCUGAAGGCCCGCGACGAUCCGGGAGUGGGAAGGCUGGGUGAGGCCAUCGACGCAGUGGACGAGGUCAUGAAGACUAAGACCUACACAGGGGCCAAGAUUGAAAAUAUUACAGCCAUCAUGAACAGCGACGGGAUGCAGGAGAUCGUGAAGCAGUCUUUCGUCCAGUUCGCGCUCAAGUCCAUGGAGUGGACCGCGGCCGAUGCAGAUGAUGGCGCCGUCAAGCUCGGUGGCCCGACUUCCCCCCUCUUCGAGAGCGGCAUAGUGCAAUUUAAGGAGUUGCUCAAGCUCUCGUUCUGCUCGCGCCUCAGCAAAUUCCGCUUGCUCUCUCUCAUCGCCGCGAAGAAAGACCUGGGCGCGGCGAUGCCGAUCACCAACCCCGAGGACUUGCCCGUGUUCUUUCGGUUUAACGAGUUCGACAUGAUGGCCAAGUACGCCACAACGGAGGACCAGGGCCACGCCGUGAAGAAAGCAGUGACCGAUGCCACCGCCUUGAUUGCUAAGCUUACCAAGGUCUGCUGCGCUGGCAUCUCAGAGUGCCUGAACAACGUCUCAGGAAAGCAGGCGGGCGCCGAGGCACUGAAGAAACCGAAGGAGGAGGAAAAUAGAGCAAGUGCCGCGGCCAAGAAGAACGCUCAGGAGCGCCAGAACAUCGAGCAAGCCGAGGUGGCGCUGCCAAGCCAAGUGCAUGAAGUGAUUGAGGACAUCCGUAAGUACGACACCGAGGCAGAUGUGAAGGAUGCGCUUGCCACGAAGAGCCUCGAUGCCAAUGUGGGCAUCCCGCGCAUCGUAAUGGAGCGCAACUGCAUGUCCACGAUCGUGCAAGAACGCUCGGUCAAAGCGGCAGUGGGAGUCUUCAAGAUCCAAUGCCCCAGCUCAGUGCAAGCCAGUAAAGAUGGCCGCGGGCAGACCCCGCUCGCCAACGAGCAGAAGGACCACAUCCGCAAAGCCAUGCUCGAGUCCGGACCAGGGAGGACGAUCGAGUGCAAGUCCACUGGAGCGAACGACCCGAACGCGCUGGCCGUGAUAUCAAGAAUCGGCCCUGAGACCUAA